ACCCCCUUCCUUCCCCCAAACGCCCUUUUGUCUCUGGGCCUCUGGCAGCAGCUGUUGCAUCUGGAUCUGAUGAGCAACGGUUGCUCUGGGCUGGGCAGGGUCCUGGUGACUGUGGCUGCAGCCCUAGUGUCUGUCUCUACCACUGACUCUGAGUCUUGGGGUCCCCCAGGGGUCCAGUACGGGCAACUUGGAGAGACCAUUGUGCUUUUGUGUCCAGGAGUGGCUCCUGGGACACUGGUUUCCUGGCACCGAGCAGAAGGCCAUGCACUCCUGGAGACAUCGAGGUCAGAAUUAGGGUUGGGACAACAGGAAUUGGUCCUGGAGCGGGUAGAUAGCCAAGACGAGGGCACCUAUAUCUGUCAAUCCCAGGAUGGGGAUACCAGAGGCUCUGUGACGCUUCAACUAGGCCACCCCCCAUCUCGUCCCAUGGUUUCCUGUCGGGCAUCAGACUAUGAGAAUUUCUCCUGUUCUUGGAGCCCCAGCCGGGUCAGUGGGCUCCCCACACGAUACAUUACUUCCUACAGGAAGAAAAUCAUUCUUGGAACAGAAAGAGGAAGACCAGCGCUAUCUGCAGAGCCCCGACCGUGCUUACCAGAACUUCCUGGGGCUACCCGGUGUGUGGUCCAUGGUUCAGAGUUCUGGAGCCAGUAUCGGAUUAAUGUGACUGAGGUGAACCCCCUGGGGGCCAGUGCCCGCCUCCUGGAUGUGAGCAUGCAAAGUAUCUUAAGGCCAGACCCACCCCAGGGACUUCGAGUGGAACCGGUUCCUGGGGCUCCCCGACGCCUACUGGUCCGCUGGGCCUAUCCAAACUCUUGGCCUCUCCAACCCCAUUUUCUGCUCAAGUUCCGACUGCAAUACCGCCCUGUGCGCCACCUGACCUGGUCCAUGGUGGAGCCCUCCGGGCUAGAGGAAGUGAUCACGGACGCUGUGGCUGGGCUGCCCCAUGCGGUGCGUGUGAGUGCUCGAGACUUCCUUGAUGCUGGCACCUGGAGCGACUGGAGCGAGGAGGCCUGGGGGACCCCAAGCCCUGUAUUGGUGACCUCUGGCCCAAGCACCAGACCCAUCGAGAGGCCUGCGGAGACAGAGACGCAGACGCAGGUGCACACCAAGGUGCAGGCGCAGACCGAAAUGAAGCCAGAGAGACACGUUCUCCCUGAGCCUUCCCUGCAGCCCGACUCUCAGCCGCUAAUGGACCACAGGGAUCCUCUGGAGCAGGUGGCCGUGGUAACAUCUCUGGGUGUCUUCUCUUUCGUGGGUCUGGCUGCUGGGGCCCUUGUACUCCUGCUCUGGCUAAGACUAAGAGGAAACAGAAAAGGGGCCGCCCCGAAGCCUGGUUUCUUGGCUCCUAUGGUGCAAGUGAAGACCAUGCCUGGUGAGUGCCAUGGAUGGUUCCAUGGGUGGGAAAACUAAGAGGGAACCUCCUGCUCCUCAUCUGUAUCUUUAUUCCCAUCCAAGUCACCUCCUUGAUCUCUAAUCUUGUGACUCACCAUUCUCCUUAUCACAUCUCCCCUAUUCAGGUCUUUCCCUUGGGUUUUCGGUUCCAAGUUCCUAUCCUCCUAGGCAAUCUCAUUCAGUCCACCCCUGACCUCUGGCUCUUUCCCUUAUUUCCCAGGUUGGGGGCUCAUACAGUGAGGCUGUAAAUAUCUCCACUAUCCAAACUCUUCCCCUUUCAGGAUCCCAGCUCUGUCCCCUUAACAUUUCCUCUUUUGCCUCAGCUUUUUGGUUGGGCUUCAUAGUCACCUGUGGUAUUAGGGGAGGGUCAGGAGAUUGGGAAGAGGACUCUGAAGAUCAUUCCUGUGAUCAAACAAGUAUGUUUGGAAUUCUGCAUACCUAGCCUUGUGCUGGGCUAUCGCAAGAAGGAAAUAGAAUUUGCUUGGGAAAAUGAAAAGAAUUUGAACAGAGAACAGGAUGGGACAGUGUGUGAUCAAGGGUGAAUGUGUGGUUCAGAGUGGAGAAGCUGGGAAAGGUUAAGGUCAAUGUGAGCUGGAAUAGUCAGGGAAGCUUUAAUGGUGAAUUUAAGCAGGACCUGGUGGGAAUGGUAAGAUGUGGAUUGGUGAAAAGGAUUAGGUAAGGCAUUCUCUUCUGGGAGAAUAGUUCAAGCAUAGUGUGAAGUGGGGAAAGAGGGGAGAAUGAUUUAGCUAAGAGCAGGAGAUAAAUAGGGAAGAGCAGCAGACAGGACCUCAAGCAUUUGGGGCUUGGGGUGGGAGGAGAAAAAUACUUAGCUCCCCUCCCUCUCUUCCAGCUUUGGUCUUCUUUGCUGUAACAUUUAAGAUAUUUUCCUUUGGGAUGUGGCCAAGGAGUCCAAAGAUGGGCCAGGGGUGCCUGCAGAGACCCUUCCUCCAAUUACUUCCCUUUUCUUUUGCUUCCUUACAGUGGCUCAAAUCCUGUAGUGAACUUUGGAUGAUCUUACUCUUAGUAAGAUCUUUACAAUCAGCACCAGUGUGGAGAGGCAGCUGGAGUUUCUGGAAAGACAAUAACCCCCCUCGAACUCUACCAUUCUGAGGGGCUAUUGUUUAGGGUCCAUUUUUGUGGGACUCGCAGUAUCGCUACCAUUUGCUUUUCAGUGUGUGGAUGAGCGACUCCUUAGUUAUGGAGUUCAUGCAACAUCCUCCCUUUCCCACCCCAACCUGGCUUUGCAUAAGGGGAACAGACUUCCCUCUGAAACAUCUGGGGCCAUAAGGGACAUACAUUGAAAUACACCCAAGGCAAGGUGAGGUGUUUCUGUGUACAUGUGUGUUUGUGUGCCUAUGUGUAGGAAUAUGAGUCCUUCUGAUGACUGCACCACUGUGGUUGUUUGGACACGUACCUAUAUAAGCCUCCUAAUUUGUGUGUGUGUGUGUGUGUGUGUGUGUGUGUGUGUGUGUGUGUGUGUGUGUGCAUGUAUGUGUACAGUGGACAUUGGUGAGAGAGGAAGCUUGGAGGAGAGUAGGGUAUUAUUGCCAUGUAUCUAUGUGAAUAAAGGGAAUUAGGAGUUGUCA